AUGGCCAGCAUCCUCCGCAACAAGAAGCACCAACAGCACACGCGAAGAACACCACAAAGCUCUCGUAAAAGCCAGCCAAACCUUGGGCCACGGUUCGACCCAAUCACAACCCGACCAAGCCCGACCCACCUGUUCUCUCUCGGCCAUGGAAGAAGCAAGGGAGCAAAGCCAUGGGGACAGGGGACGCGCAGGAGAUGCCGCCGAUGGAGAGGACGAGGCGAAGAGGAAGGAGGACGCGCAGGAGAUGCCGCCGAUGGAGAGGACGAGGCGAAGAGGAAGGAGGACGCGCUUGCAUCCAGCAGGCUUCUCGACCCUGGGUUCAAGCCCUCCAAGCUGUCCCAGGACCAGCUCGACAAGUUUAAGGAAUUACACAAGAAACGGUUACAAAUAAUGGAAAAGCCAAAGAAUAAAAGAAAAUACAAAGGAAGCACUGGGAUUACCAAAGUAACCGAUGAUUAUAAAUUCACUGACAAGGAUGAAUCUGCUCAUAAUACUCCUACAAAUGUACAUCAUACAUCAACUACAGGAUUCAAAGGGGAAUCUGCAUCAACCCUGUCCUCGAGGAACAAAAGGAAGUUACAUUGGGGGCUUGAUAUUAAAGAACGAUGGGAAAGGAAAGCAAACAUGUGAAUUUCUAAAUAUCAGUGGUGUUCUAACAGUGAAAGCAUGCCCCUACUGCAUUUGAUCGAAAACAGAAGGACAAAGAAAAUGGCAGACCUUUUUCGGGGUUCAUUAGGUUGUUUGGUCAGGUUCUUGCUUCUGUCAGAAGGCAGAACACUGGAGCGAAAAAAAUCUCAGUACUUGGCAGCAAGUUAGAAUCUGAUUUUCAGGGUUUUGUCAGAUAAUUUCUCCAGUUAUUGUGGCUAGACUUUUCUCUCUUCUGUUUGAUUCACAAACUUGCAAGUGUCUGCCUUUAGGGAUUUUUUAUUUUUAUAUAUUUCUAACAUAAAUAAUUAAAUAAAUAUACUCUGGAUGAAAUGAUUUACAGAAUUAGCCACCUACCCCCUCUUACAGGGAAGAAAGGAGCCUACUACCCUCUCAGAGGGCGGUAAGUGCCACAAUGGCAGGUCCAGCUCUUAUCACCCUCUAAUGAGGUGGUUAGACUUUUUUCUCAGUUUUUCUUCUUUUCUCUUUCUCUAUUUGUAUAAGAGGUUUGUCAUACUCUAAAAUUCACGAAUUUUUUUUAUGAUCUAUAA